AUAUUUGGGAUCGUGAGAAUCUGAAAAAAUUAACAACCAUAGAAGCUCCUAAUUCAUCUGAAUGUUUUUGGUCACCUGAUGGACCUAGCGUAGAACAAUAUCCGAUGCGUACCUUAUCACCACCACCUAAAGUUUCAGAGGAUUUUGGUGCAUUGGCUGCAAAACCUUCACGUAAUCCAUCGGUUUAUUUAUUACCUGCUGUUAAAAACAAAAAGAAGCGCGAAGCGGCAAAGAAAAAAAAGGAAGAAGCAAAUCUUGCCUCUGAAAAGAAUGUGGUAUCAUCGUUGCAUCAAUCGCCAGCGCCGACUCAACAGGUCAUUGAUAAUGAUAUAAUAGAUACUGAUAAUGUUACUGAUUUAGCUAAAGAACCAAUAGCAUCAGCUCUAUCGACAAAUGGAACAUCUCAGGGCGGAAGCUCAUUGUCAGAGACAGACAAAAAGAUUCGAAAUUUAACGAAAAAGUUAAGACAAAUUGCUGAACUUAAAGAAAGGCAACAGAAGGGUGACAAAUUAGAGCUGACACAG